UCGUGUCCGGGUUAUCGGCCGAACCAGACUACACACAUCUAUAUUCUGGAUAAUAGGUUCUUCACUUCUCAGCUCAGUUCAGUCUUGAUUUUGAAGCCGUUACUUGGAAUAUUAUUCCCGGCAAAAAAAUUAAGCCCUAAUCUAAUCUCUCCCUCGUCUUCCUCUGGUUGAUUUUUGCCCUCGAGCCUGCCCAGCAUGUCUACACUCGAAAUCGAAGCUAGGGAUGUCAUCAAGAUCGUGCUUCAGUUUUGUAAAGAAAAUUCAUUGCACCAAACAUUCCAGACGUUACAGAAUGAGUGUCAGGUUUCUUUGAAUACCGUAGACAGCAUUGAAACUUUUGUUGCCGAUAUAAACUCUGGACGCUGGGAUGUUAUAUUGCCCCAAGUGUCUCAACUUAAGCUUCCAAGAAAUAAAUUGGAGGACUUGUAUGAGCAGAUUGUAUUAGAAAUGAUUGAGCUCCGUGAAUUGGAUACUGCUCGUGCUAUUCUAAGGCAGACUCAAGUGAUGGGUGUCAUGAAGCAGGAGCAACCUGAAAGAUACCUGCGACUUGAGCAUCUAUUAGUCCGAACAUACUUUGAUCCUAAUGAGGCUUAUCAAGAUUCAACAAAGGAGAAACGCCGAGCGCAAAUUGCACAAGCCCUUGCAGCGGAAGUUACUGUGGUUGCACCUUCUCGUUUAAUGGCUCUAAUUGGCCAGGCUCUAAAAUGGCAGCAACACCAAGGUUUACUUCCUCCAGGAACACAAUUUGACUUGUUUCGUGGAACUGCUGCUAUGAAACAAGAUGUGGAGGAUGUUUAUCCAACAACUCUUUCUCACACAAUAAAGUUUGGUACCAAAAGUCAUGCAGAAUGUGCUCGGUUCUCACCAGAUGGCCAGUUUCUUGUUUCUUGCUCCGUGGAUGGCUUCAUUGAGGUCUGGGACUAUAUAAGUGGGAAACUCAAGAAGGAUCUUCAGUACCAAGCUGAUGAAACUUUUAUGAUGCAUGAUGAUCCGGUCCUUUGUGUUGAUUUUAGUAGAGACUCAGAGAUGAUUGCUUCUGGUUCACAAGAUGGAAAAAUCAAAGUAUGGCGUAUAAGGACUGGCCAAUGCUUGCGGCGUCUUGAACGUGCUCAUUCUCAAGGAGUUACGAGUGUUGUUUUCUCUCGCGAUGGAACCCAGUUGCUGAGUACAUCUUUUGACACAACAGCAAGAAUCCAUGGCCUAAAGUCUGGGAAGCUAUUGAAGGAAUUCCGUGGCCAUUCAUCAUAUGUGAAUGAUGCAGUCUUUACUAAUGAUGGAGCACGUGCCAUUACGGCAUCUAGUGAUUGCACGGUCAAGGUUUGGGAUGUGAAGACAACCGAUUGUCUGCAUACAUUCAAGCCACCGCCUCCGUUAAGGGGAGGAGAUGCCUCGGUGAAUUCAGUUCAUAUCUUCCCCAAAAACGCAGAUCAUAUUGUUGUUUGUAACAAGACAUCGUCAAUAUAUAUCAUGACAUUGCAAGGGCAGGUUGUGAAGAGCUUCUCAUCUGGUAAAAGGGAAGGGGGAGAUUUUGUUGCAGCUUGCGUAUCACCGAAAGGUGAAUGGAUAUACUGCAUUGGUGAAGACAGGAAUAUCUAUUGCUUCAGCCACCAAUCCGGUAAGCUGGAACAUCUCAUGAAGGUUCAUGAGAAGGACGUGAUAGGUGUGAGUCAUCAUCCUCAUAGAAAUCUCGUUGCUACUUAUAGUGAAGACAGCACAAUGAAGUUAUGGAAGCCUUGACUCUUUUAAUUAUGCUAAUAUUUUAAGUGUAAAACUCAACACUUUUUAAGUUAUAAUUGUAUUCAUUUACCUCAUUUGCAACUUUCUCGAUGGCAUUUUGGCAUUAUUUUAAAUGAUGAUAAUCCAUGUAUGGAAUCUUGUGACGGUGUUGCCUGAGCAUGCCCAUCUGUGUAGAGUACAAGGAUAAAGUGGUAAUUCGAUUUGUUAAGAGUAGACAACUGCACUCCACUAUUCCAAAGGAGUGCAUUAUUUUGAACUUUGAAGUAUAACCUUUGAACCUUUAGAUCAAAA